UACAAGAAGCACUCAAAGUCACUGAAUAUGUAUAUUGAAAAUACAGGCCAGGAUAGUAACUAUGAGAAAACAAAAAGUUAAUUGCAACUAAGUUUACUCAAAUCAUAAUGGAUUUGGAGUAAUGGGCAUGAAGUACAACAAUGUGCUAGCAAGUCCUCCAAGGGCUAAACAAGAAGAGGGUCAAAUAGAUGACAUUACAGAAGCACAUAGUGAAAAUGAGGAAGGAAACCAUGUAUAAAAAAAGCAGAACAUUUGCUCUACGAAUUCUUUUUUGGUGGAACUAUUGACUGCCACAAUCAGGAAACAAAGAACUGAGGAUCUUCUGUAACGAAGUAGCUGAUCUGACAACGCCACAAUGAUGCAGAGUUUCAAUGGGUCUGGAUCUGAGAGGUGCCCCCGAGACACAAGGGUGACACGGCUAAUAUUCCCUGCCCUCUACACGGUGGUUUUCUUGACCAGCAUCAUGCUGAACACCCUGGCCCUCUGGGUGUUCCUUCACAUCCCCAGCAAGUCCACCUUCAUUGUCUACCUCAAGAACACUAUGGUGGUUGACCUGAUAAUGACAAUCAUGCUUCCUUUCAAAAUCCUCUCGGACUCUUACCUGGGACCCUGGCAACUCAGGGCUUUUGUAUGUCGCUUCUCCUCUGUGAUCUUUUAUGAGACCAUGUAUGUAGGCAUAAUAUUACUAGGCCUCAUAGCCUUUGAUAGAUUCCUCAAGAUCAUUAAGCCUUUUGGAAAGUACUUUGUAAAAAAACCUAUUUUUGCAAAAAUGACCUCAGUCCUCAUCUGGUUCAUUUUGUUCCUCAUCUCCCUACCAAAUAUGAUCUUGAACAACAGAGAAGCAACCCCAUCAUCUGUGCAAAAGUGUGUAGCAUUAAAGGGUCCUCUGGGACUAAAAUGGCAUCGAGUGGUAAAUUACAUAUGUCAAUUUAUUUUCUGGACUGUUUUUGUCCUAAUGUUUCUGUUUUAUGCAGUGAUUGCAAAGAAAGUAUAUGAUUCUUAUAAAAAGUUCAAAAGUAAGGACAACAAAAGCAGUAAGAAACUGGAGGGAAAAGUGUUUGUGGUUGUGGCUGUCUUUUUUGUGUGCUUUGCUCCCUUUCACUUUACCAGGGUUCCCUACACUCACAGUCAAACCCACAAUAAGACUGACUGUAGACUGGAGAAUCAACUCUUUAUUGCUAAAGAAACAACUCUGUUUUUGGCAGCAACUAAUGUUUGUAUGGAUCCCUUAAUAUACAUAUUUUUAUGCAAAAAAUUCACAAAAAGACUGCUUCCCUAUGUGAGAGGGAGAAGGGAAACAGCAUCAAGCCAAGAACACCAUAGCAGCCAGACAAACAACAUCACCAUGGGCUGACAGCUUUACACUUGGCAACUUCUACUUCGUGAUGAAACUUCAAAAGACCAUUCAUUUGGAAAUCAAAGUUAAGCAAUAAAAGGAAAAUGACUGGAACAAAUGUUGUCUUUAUUACCCUAGUUUAUUGGGAAGAUAGAUAGAUCUAUUUAUAAGCAAAAUGAAAUAAAAUUAAGAGCAUGUAAAAGAAAGCAUUUGGCCACUAGAGGUCAUCUCUAGAAAUCACCUUCUGGGUAGCAUUCAUUCAUUUUCACAUUGAAAAAGAUUAAGAAGAAACAUGUUUGGCUAAGAACCUUCCCCUCCCCUUUAAAAGUAUCACAUUCUGGUGCGCACAUGUUUUAUACAAUACUACUACUUUUAUAGGCCUGAAAUGUUGAUAGUUGCUGACAUAAGUAAAACAAGAAGCCACAAUUUCCAAAGUCCAUGAGUGAAAGCCUAAGGCAGGGCUUGAAAGAUAUGCUAGAUAUUCCAAUAUGAGGAUCCAAAGGAAUAUGUAAAAGCCCUCUGAGAUCCUGGGAAAAGGAUGGUUACCACGGAAAAAUAACAGAGACCCUUGUCCACAUCCCAACAGAACAAUAUAAGAGGCAUAAGCACUCUACUAGACCUGAUUGCUUACCCAUUAAGUAAGUACAAUUCAGCUGAGAGAGUGCUGUGCUAUUUAGUCAAGCCUUCUUGGAACACAAUGUCUAUAGUUCACUCCUCCACCCUGCUGGGUAAGGUUCUCAUAGUAAAAAAGACUUUAUCAGUUAAUUAUAAUUCUUGACCACGUACCAGGGGUUACAGAUGUUUUCAACAGAAUGUACUAUGCUUGGUACAUGUAAAUGACAUAAUUAUUGACCCUUAAUCAGUAAUACCAACAUUGGAAGAUUCAUUUUCAAAGGCUACGUAUCUUUAUUUCCCCCAUAUUUUUUCCUGAAUCUAUGGAGAAUUGAUUUGAGUACAGAGGCCAGCUGAGGCCACCUCCUGAUUCUCCCCACAUUUCCUACAGUCAAUUUACUCUUUCCCAGAAUUUCAGAACUACACUAGUCCUAAUUUCCUCCUUUGUAAGGGAGAA